CGGAGUACCCUCAUUUCCCGCAAAAGUUAGCGUCCUGGGGAGUGCGCCCUGCGAUUCAUCGCUCCCACGCUCCGCUUGCCGAUGUGGCUCCGACUUUCCGGGCUUGGAACGCCUAGCCUCUGGGUCAGGUUGAGGCUGGCAGCCCCUCUCCUGUUUCUUCUUACAGAAUUUACCUGUCUACCAAAAUGAAGAUUUUAUUUGUUGAGCCUGCCAUUUUCCUGAAUGCUUUUGCCAUGAGUCUAACCUCUCCGCUGACCACCCAGUAUGUGUAUAGAAGAAUAUGGGAAGAAACGGGCAACUACUCUUUCACAUCCAAUAGCAAUAUUUCUGAGUGUGAACAAAACAAAAGCAGCCCGCUGUUUGAAUUCCAGGAGGAAGUUCAGAAGAAAGUGUCUCUUUUUAGCCUGCAGAUGGAAAUAAGUGGGUUAAUUCCUGGCCUCGUGUCCACUUUCAUCCUGCUGAGUAACAGUGACCUCCGUGGACGAAAGCUACCAAUGGCUUUGUCUUCUGUUGGCGCUCUGGCCACCAGCAUCUGGCUCUGCCUGCUGUCCUACUUUGCCCUUCCCUUCCAGCUUUUGAUCGCCUCUGCCUUCCUCGGUGCACUCUGUGGCAAUUACACCACCUUCUGGGGAGCCUGCCUGGCUUACAUAGUUGAUCAGUGUAAGGAUCACAAGCAAAAAAUCAUCCGGAUAGCCAUCCUUGACUUCGUAUUUGGGCUGGUGAAUGGACUUACAGGAAUUUCAUCUGGCUAUUUCAUUAGAGAAUUAGGAUUUAUGUGGUCCUUCGUAAUUGUUGCUGGGGCUCUUGCUGUUAAUUUGAUCUACAUUUUAUUUUUCCUCCACUAUCCAGUGAAAGAAACUUCACCAGAGACUGUCACCAUGUCAUGGUGUGAAGGCAUUAAAAACCUGUUUUACCGAACUUGUGAGAUUUUUAAGAAUGUUUCUGGUAAGCGGCGGACUACGCUGUGUUUGUUAAUUUUUACAAUGAUCACUUAUUUUUUCGUGGUCGUUGGCAUUUCCCCGAUCUUUAUCCUUUAUGAGUUAAAUUCACCUCUCUGCUGGAAUGAGAUUUUUAUUGGUUAUGGAUCGGCUCUAGGCAGCGCCUCUUUUUUAAGCAGCUUCGUAGGAAUCUGGCUUUUCUCCUACUGCAUGGAAGAUAUUUACAUCACCUUCAUUGGCAUUCUUACCACCAUGGUGGGAAUGGCUCUGACUGCUUUCGCCAAAACAACACUGCUCAUGUUCCUGGUCAGGGUACCAUUUCUGUUCACCAUGGUGCCGCUGUCUGUGCUACGGGCCAUGCUGUCAAAAGUGGUUCAUUCCACGGAACAAGGCACCCUGUUUGCUUGCCUUGCCUUCUUAGAAACACUGGCUGGAGUUACGGCAGGAUCUACAUUUAAUGGGAUCUACUCGGCCACAGUGGCUUGGUUCCCCGGCUUCCCUUUUCUGCUCUCCGCUGUUCUGCUGUUAAUCCCACUGAUCAGCCUGAGCGCUGUCAAGUGCAUCAACUGGAACGAGGGAAACUACAGAAUCCUCUUACAGGAGGAAUCACACGAAGACACGCUGGGCUGAAGGCUGGGAUUAAACACCGCACGGGACCAUCCCCAUGAGGCACUGUGACUUCGGAAGGAUAUGACUCAUCCCGCAGCAGGUGCCUCCUGUACAAGCAGUGCUGCUCAUUCUUCCUUCUCAGCUGAACAGUCCAAGGAACAGUUCUUGGCUUCCACUUCCUACAGCACCAGGCACUUGGAGCACUUCAUGUUGAUCAGGCAAUAUAUUUCUAACACAGGGAAGUACAGAUCGCAAAAGACUUCUCACUGUUGGAUUUCUGAAAGUCAGAGUACCCAGAAGGAUGGAGAAAGCCAGAUGAGACCCAAAGUCAUCCUUGACCUAUUGCGGGCUCUCUGCAACCCAGGGGACCUCUUCACCUAUACCUCUUCAUCUGCAAAACUGGGUUUCUGACCUCUCUCAGGGAUUCUGGACACAUAAUGAAAAUGACAAUGAGUAACUUGCUGAGAGGGAAACAAUUAUGCAUAUUUUAAAUAUUAACAUGAUUUUGCCCAUUAUGUAGCUAAUGUUUCAAGUAGUGGAGCGAUUGAUAGUCAAAGCUUUUCAUAGGUACAAGAUCCUAAAAAGAAAACAUUUCUGCCCCUUGAGGACAGUGACAAUGACUAUUCAUUCUGUCCUCCAUAAAGAACACUGUUUUGUUUUUUUUUCAUUUUUCCCAAUAUGUUUCAUCAGCAGAUCGCAUGAUGAUACUUUUACAUGCAACACAGAGAUGAUUAGGAAAGAAAAAUAAGAAGUAAAGUAUUAUUGUAGAGACAACAGUGAGCCCUUGUGUCAGUGGAUAUCUUGCAAGCUGCUGCAGGGAAUUCUAGUCUUCCUCACCCAGCUCUCGCUCAUCCUUCCCACAGCAGAGAUGGCGGCUUCUAAAGCACACAUUUUGCACUGGCCAACACCCACAGGAAAACAAGCCAACCAGCAUGCCGGUCCCGAGUUCUGAUUGGUCUCCUUCCUGCGCUGUCUCCUAGAGCCCCGUGCUCAUCCUUGUAUCGCUGAGGUCCUAGAAAACACUAUACCAUGUUGUCUUGCACCUCUGCUGUCUUUUUUCAUUUGCCCUUCAUUCCAUGUUACAUCAUAACUUUCAAGUGUCCGCCAGAUCUUUCCCUCUUUCUUGUAGCCAGCCAUCUCCACACAUUCCCCCAGCUCCACAGUGCCUGCCGGGCUCCAAGAGCUCCUACAGACACAGGACGUAGAGCCCAGAAUCUCCCAUUGUCUUGAUACUGUUUUCCCUCCCAGAUAAUCAUCUCCUAGGCACAGGGACAAUGUUUUAUUUGCUCAUUAUGACGUCAAUAAAUGUUCUUUGAACUAAAAUGACUACAAAA